CAACAAUAUAGUAACCCCUCCCCUCCGAAAAGAAGAUUUAAACAGCAAUUGCUUUCUUUCUUUCUCUCAUUGAUCAUGGCAUUCAUAAGCCUUGAAUUAGUGACACGUUUGAAGUAGGUCCCAUGUUCUUCAAGUAUAUAUACUCGGCUAUUAUCACCCCUCUCCAAUUCAUGAGGUAGUUUGCAUUCAAAAUCUCCACCAAGACAAAACCAUACACCCCAAAACUCAAACAAGAUUGUUUCUCCUUUUUAGAGAAAAAAGAAAAAAAAAAUCAUCAAAGCCCUUAUAGAAUAAUUACUCAAGUUUGUUCUUUUCUUAGUUCACAACUUAUUAUACCCCCAUCACUAUGUGCAACUCAAAGCCAUCUUCUCCAUCCUCAUUUGUCUCCACAAAGAAGAUUCACUUCACUAAAACCCAUGAUAAAAGCAUGGAUCUUUACACUUCUACUCAUGAAGAAGCUGCUGAUGAGGAUGAUCAACUUCACAGGUGGCCAACCCCUUCUGAGGCUUUUGAAGAGAUCAAAGCCAUAGGGAAAAUCUCAGGACCAACAACAAUAACAGGGCUGUUACUAUAUUCAAGGGCCAUGAUUUCAAUGCUGUUUUUAGGCUAUCUAGGAGAGCUGGAGCUUGCAGGUGGUUCUCUGGCCAUAGGUUUUGCUAACAUCACAGGCUACUCUGUAAUCUCAGGCUUGGCCAUGGGAAUGGAACCAAUCUGUGGACAAGCUUAUGGUGCCAAACAAAUGAAGCUUCUUGGAAUAACCCUCCAAAGAACAGUCCUCCUCCUCCUCUCAACUUCCAUACCCAUAUCUUUAACAUGGCUUAACAUGGACAAAAUCCUCUUAUUCUGUGGCCAAGACAAAGAAAUCUCCUCAGUGGCACAUACUUUCCUCGUUUUCGCCAUCCCGGAUUUGUUCUUCCUCUCUUUACUCCACCCUUUGAGAAUAUACCUCAGGACUCAAAACAUCACAUUGCCUUUAACUUACUGCUCCGGAAUCUCGGUCCUCCUUCACAUCCCUCUCAAUUUCCUCCUUGUAAAGUACCUCAACAUGGGAAUUUCCGGCGUCGCGCUGGCAAUGGUGUGGACUAAUCUCAACCUCUUCCUCCUCCUCUGCUCCUUUGUCUACUUCUCCGGCGUCCAUAAAGAUUCUUGGGUUUCUCCGAGCACUGAUUGUCUUACGGGUUGGUCUUCUUUGCUGUCUUUAGCCAUCCCAACUUGUGUUUCUGUGUGCUUAGAAUGGUGGUGGUAUGAAUUCAUGAUAAUGCUUUGUGGGCUUUUAGUCAACCCCAAAGCCACCGUGGCUUCAAUGGGUAUCCUAAUCCAGACAACUUCUUUGGUCUACGUUUUCCCUUCUUCUCUGAGCUUGGGAGUUUCGACCAGAGUCGGAAACGAGCUCGGAGCGAACCGGCCCGCGAAAGCCCGCAUUUCCAUGAUCGUCUCUUUAGUCUGCGCCGCCUUCUUGGGCCUGGCGGCAAUGCUGUUUACUACCUUGAUGAGGCACCGGUGGGGCCGGUUUUUCACGACGGAUUCCGAGAUCCUGGAGCUUACUUCGGUGGCUUUGCCGAUUGUCGGGCUAUGCGAGCUCGGGAAUUGCCCGCAGACGACAGGCUGCGGGGUUCUCCGGGGAAGCGCCCGGCCCACCACCGGAGCAAAUAUUAACCUGGGCUCGUUUUACUUGGUCGGAAUGCCGGUGGCUAUCUUCAUGGGCUUCGUCAUGAAAUUGGGUUUUCCGGGAUUGUGGUUUGGGUUGUUAGCGGCCCAGGCUUCUUGCGCAGCUCUCAUGCUUUAUGUUCUGUGUACCACGAAUUGGGUUGAGCAAGUCGAAAGAGCAAAACAGUUAACAAAUUCUUCUUCUUCAAGUAAGAAUGAUAAUAAUAAGAAUGCUCCUAUAUUACCGAUUUCAUCACCAAUACAGCCAGCUGUUUCAGAAUCAUCAAGCAACGAGGAUGAGAAGAAGAAGAAGAAAGGAGAUGAUGAUGAUGGUAAUAAUAAUCUACAACAGAUUUUUUGCGCUAAUGAUGAGUUGGUGAAGUCAGUUUCAUCAUCAUCAGCUGAAACUGACCCUCUUCUAUCUAACCACAUUCUGCAUUAAUUAGUGUAACCUUCCAAUUUUUUUUUUUUUUUUUGUGGGUUAAAAAUCCCAGCUUGGGAUUGGGAUGGGAUGGGAUGAGGUUGAUCAUGUGAAAAAUUGUUUAUUCGAUUCUUGCUUUUUUUACGUUCUGAUUGUAAUUUGUAGCUGUAGCUAGCUAGCUCUAGAUGAGUUUCAUUUUUUGUUCCCUUUUUUCUCCUCCUUUUUCUAGAUAUAUAAUUUUAUAUAAAUAUUUGUUUGUUUUGUUAACUUUUCUUGUACUUU